AUGCUCUACUACACUGUUCCACCCUCUAUGCUCUACUACACUGUUCCACCUUCUCUUCACCCUCUCUGCUACAUUGUUCCAUCCUCUCUUCACCCUCUCUGCUACACUGCUCCACCCUCUUUGCUCUGCUACACUGCUCUAGCCUCUCUUCACCUUAUUUGCUCUGUUACACUGCUACACUCUCUCUUCACCCUCUCUACUACACUGCUCCACCCUCUUUUCACCCUCUUUGCUACACGGCUCCACCUUCUCUACUCUACUACACUACUCUAG